AUGACUACAAGGAAUAGAGAGUUGUUCUCUACCUUUCGAAAGGAGAAUGGAGUCGGGCAAGGAAUCAGCUACACGCCGGCACCACCUGGAUACCAUGAAGGAACCAACUGGAGAAUCAAGAAGCUAGAGAUACCAUUAUUUAAUGGAAAUAAUUCCAAUGAAAAAGAAAAACUGGAAGUUGCGGUGGCGCCACUAGAGGGCUACGCUGCUCUCUGGUAUGACGAAGAACACUAUCGUCGACCCAUUAAAGAUUGGGAAGAACUAAAAUUCCUAAUCCUCCGGCGAUUUGGAUCCUCAAUGUUCGCAGCGGAGUCAUGGUGGUCGAACUACCAUGUUGAUCAUGAAGAGAACUUAAACCCACCACAUGAGAUUGAAUCAAAGAUUGCCAUAUCAAUCCCACAAUCUGCAACCUUGGCACUGUUUCUCACAUACGAAACACCCUUGUCGACGCUCAAUUCAAACUUGGAGUUUCCGUUGAAUCAAACACAAAACAUAUGCCAAUUAGGAUCAUUCCGAUCAGAAAUCAAUUUCGCUGUUUCUCCCAAGAUCAAUCAUGUGCCCGUAAAUAUCCAACCUGUUGGUUAUAUCACUACUAAAGAAAAAUCUAAAUGCCUAGGAAAGAAAGAUGAUAUCACAUCUGAUAAGAAACAGGUUGUUGAUGGUUAUCCCGACAAGAGCCUUGGAUAUGGGAAACAAUCGGUGGGACAUAGAAUAAAGAUUUGGCGGCCACCUGAUAAAAUGCAUUGCGAAGGUGCCAUUUCAUCUUAUAAUCCUAUAGACAAGCAGCACAAGGUAUCAUAUGUUGAUGGUGAUGAUGAAGUGCUGAAUUUAUGUUUUGAAAAAUGGAGUAUACAGGAUAAGUCCUCACCUCAGGAAGAAAAGGUUUCAGAAUUACCAAGCCCCAUUACCACAUCUAGCAAGCAUCUUAAGCAAAAGGUUAAAAGAAAGCUAGAAUUCUCACCAAAGCAAGAAGACAACUCAAAUUCACCAAAAAGAUUCUCAUCAGAAACAAAACCCACAAAAGGAGAUAACAUAAAAGACACGAUCGAGACUUCAGAACAACUCAAGCAAGCUGAAGGCGUAACAAUCAAGUUUGAAGACGAGCUAGUGGUUACCGGUGGAGAUGAUUCAGAUACAAAUACUUUCCUUCUUUCUGAAUACUUUAGGAGUAAAAGGUUGAAGAACCGAGUCAAUUGGGUACUACUGGAAGAUGGGAUUGGGUACCUAAACAAGUCCCUUGUCUCAAAAUCAGGGCGACAUGUUGAGGGAAAUCCAAAGGGAUGGAGAUUGUUUGCUGAUUUUUAUGGAAAAUGCUAUUUUUGGUAUGAAAAUCUUGACUCCAGCUUGUCCCUAUUGUGUUAUCCACAUUUAUGCUGCUGCUGUAGGAGGGCGAUCAGCAGUUGCACUUAUGCAGGCUACCGGGAGCUAUUUAUGGGUUUGCUUGGCUUCACAGAGGAGGAAGUGUGUAGCACAAGAUGGUUCUCAAGGAAUCAAACCUUGUAAGACCGGUCACAUGUUCUUUAAGUCCGGUGAGAGAACAAAAGUUGUAAGGAAGACGAUUAUGACUGUCAUGCCCGAACAAGGU